CUUAAGCGGCCCGUGCAUCCGGGGGCGUGGCCGAAGGGGCGGAGCCCAUGGGCGUCCAGGAGAUGGUGCCUAGCAACGUCAGGACCUAACCUUGGUCCAGACUGGGGCUGCGAGGGGCGUGGGGCCCCUGGCGCAAGCCCCAGCGUGUUUCCAGAAGGGGCUCAUGGCAGACUCCGACGAGGAUGCUCUGGAGAUUGACAAGGCUUCCUCACAGACUAUCCCAAAGCCACGAGUGAUUUCAAUCCCUAAGGGGACUUUGCAGUCCAUCUUUGGGACCAGCCAGGUGUUCCAGGACUUCUAUGAUGUAAAACCAAAGGUUGAAGACUUGACAGUGCCCCUCAAAGUUAGGGAGUACUACCACCAAGGCCAGCUGUGCUUGGAGAAAGCGGACUGGGAGAUGGCCGUGCUGUUCUUCUCCCGAGCCCUCCACCUGGAUCCCCAGCUGAUAGACUUCUAUGCCCUGCGGGCCGAGGCCUACAUCCAGCUCUGUGACUUCUCCUCGGCUGCCCAGAACCUGCGAAAGGCUUGUUCAGUUGAGCCAGAGAACUCCAAAUACCUGGAGCGGCUCACCUUCGUGCUUUACCUGCAGGCCCAAUGCCUGUUUGAGCGGUGUGCCUUCCUGGAUGCCCUGACCAUCUUCUUGCAAGCUGCCAAGCUGCAGCCUGCAAAAACCUGCUUUCAAUACCGAUGCCUGGCCUGUAUCCUGGCCCUCAAACGGUAUGAGGACUGCCUCUCACUCAUCACCAAGGAGGUGAAGCAGGGCACCACCAACGCCGACAUCUACAUCCUUCGGGCCAGACUCUACAACUUCCUCCAGAAGCCCAACCUCUGCUACCGGGACCUGCACAGUGCCUUGCUGCUGGAGCCCACGCACCUGCAGGCCAAGUUGCUGCUCAAGAAGAUGGUGGAGCAGGCCCAGCAGGCUUGCCAAGAUGCAGGGAUCCUGGCCGUGCAGGGGAAACUGCAGCCCGCACUGCAGCGCAUCAACUGUGCCAUCCAAAACAACCCCCUGGACCCCAGCUUCUUCCUCUUCCGGGGCACCAUGUACCGGAGGAAGGGGGAGUUUGACCGAGCGGUGGAAGACCUCCUGAAGGUGCUGGACAUGGUGACCGACAGCCAGGAGGACUUGGUGAAGCAGGCACAGCGCCAACUACUGCUGGCCUACAACGACUUUGCAGUGCACUGCUACAUGCAGGGCGCCUAUCAGGAGGGCGUGCUUCUGCUGAACAAAGCCCUCAGGGAUGAGCAGCGGGAGAAAGGCCUUUACAUCAACCGAGGCGAUUGCUUCUUCCAGCUGGGCCACCUGGCCUUUGCUGAGGCGGACUACAAGCAGGCACUGGCGCUGAGCCCGGAGGACAAGGGCGCCAACAUGCGCAUGGGGCUGCUGCAAGAGAGGAUGGGCAUCUGCGAGCAGAGGCGCCGGCAGUUCCAGAAGGCGGAGGACCACUUCUCAGUGGCCAUCCAGCACAAUCCUCAAAAGGCCCAGUACUACGUAUACCGGGCCAAGAGUCGGCAGCUUCUGCAGGACAUUUUUGGGGCCCGCCAGGAUGUUGUCACUGCCCUCCUUCUCAACCCCAAGCAACCCAAGGUGCUCCCGCUGAUGACCACCCUCUUCCCGGAUAUGUCAGUGGAGGAGGUGCUUGGCACCAAGGUGGCCCACCUGGCCAGGGUGCAGCUACAGAGGAUGAUGGAGAGCAGUCAGCAGGCCAGCAGCCUGCAAGGCAUUGUGGGGGUGCUCAGGGAGCGGGAGUUACAGCGCCAGAAGGCCCGAGACCUGCAGCUUUCAUGGAAGCUGGUAGAGCCUCUAUUUGAGGCCUCCAAAGAGUGGAAGGCCAAGGCCCAGGUCCCAGAACAGGUACAGCCAGAAAGCCCAAAGGGAGAGCCCGAGGCCCCCAUGGAGGAAGAGAAAAAGGAAGAGGAAGAGAAAAAGGAAGAGGAAGAGGAAGUAGAGGAGGAGGAACUGGACAAGGUGACGUCCCUGACAGACGGCUACCCCGACCAGACCUCCUCAGGCUCCAUCUUGUGCUUCAGGACCGCAACCUCCUCAGAGACAGAGAUGUCGACUAUCUACCACGGAGAUAAGAGCACCUCAGUCACCGCUGUGACAGGCUCUGAGUCUUCACUCCUGAAGACUCAAUCCUCUGGAAGCAGGGAGGACCUACAUUUGAGCCAUAGCUCCAGAAAAGCCAAGACUUCCCUGAGCCCAAGGCAGAGCCCUAACAAGACUCAGGCCACCAAGGGAAAGAAGCAGAGCACCAGAAAGACUGAGGUCACCAAGGAACAGAAGCAGAGCACCAGCAAGACUGAGGCCACCAAGGGACAGAGGAGGGGCAUCAGCAAGACUGAGGCCACCCAGGGACAGAGGCGGGGCAUCAGCAAGACCAAGGUCACCCAGGGACAGAGGCGGAGCCCCAGCAAGACAGAGGUCACCCAGGGACAGAGGCGGAGCCCCAGCAAGACAGAGGUCACCAACAGUCCAAAGCAGAGACUUAGGAAGAUCAAGGUCACCCAGGCUGCAAGGCAGAGACUUAGAAAGGCCGCAGCUGCCUGUGGCUGGAGCUGGAGAUCCAGCAGAGCUGAUGCCACCCAGAGCAGGGGACUGAUUCGAAGUUGCAGCAGGAUCAAGGCUUCCCUUGACCUAAGUUCAAACUCCAGUGAAACUGAGGCCACCCAGAGCCAAAGCCAGAGGCUGGACAAGGCUGAGGCUGCCUGGAGAUGGCACUAGAACAGAAGUUUCAGCAAUGCUGAGUUCACCUAUGGACCAAGCCCCGCUCUCAGCAAAACCAAAACCCCUGAGAGCCUAAGCCAGAGCUCCGGCAAAACAGGCUGGUCAGGACACUCUCUGAGGGGCAACUAAG